UAAGACUAUUGCCAGUUGCCACCUAAUUCCAACGGUAUUAACUGCCAUUCAAAGCUUCAAUUUUCAAAGACCCAUCAGAGCAAUGGAGCAAAAAUUGCUCCACUUCUUGACAAAAUGCAGGAGUUCCAAGCAAUUGAAGCAGACCCAUCUUCAAAUCAUCACUAAUGGCUUCAAAGACAGUAACUUUCUUGUGCCCAAGUUCAUUAGCCAGUCCGCUGGCCUCAUUUCUCUCGACUAUGCUGUUCGCGCAUUUUUAAGCGUGUGCAACCCUACUACAUUCGUCUGCAAUGCUUUGAUCAAAUGUUUCAUAGGAAAGACUCACAAAGAUGCCCUAUCUACUUACAAUCAAAUGCGGGCAUCCAUGAUUUCGCCAAACAGCUUCACGUUUACCUUCUUGUUAAGAUGCCAUGAGUGCUUUGACGCUUUUGAAGACGGUACAGCAGUGCACUGCCACAUUGUAAAAUUGGGAUUUGAGUCGAGCGUGUUUGUUCAGAAUACCCUUUUGGAUUUUUAUGCCAAGUGUUGUGAGGAUUUGGAGAUGGCCCGCAAACUGUUCGAGGUAAUGCCUGAGAGAGAUGUUGUUUCAUGGAACACUAUGAUCCAAGCUUAUAUGACUUACGGAGAGAUGGCAUCUGCUUUCUGUUUGUUUGAGUCAAUGCCUGAAAGGAAUGUUGUGACGUGGAAUUCAGUAAUUUCUGGAAUUGUGAAGGCUGGGGAUAUAGACUUGGCACAUUCUGUUUUCCAGCGUAUGCCACAAAGGAGUGAUGUCUCGUGGAAUACAAUGGUUUCUGCAUACAUAAAUUCGGGUGACUUGAGAACUGCACAAGCUAUCUUCGAUGACAUGCCGGCCAAGAGUGUUGCCUCGUGGACAAUAAUGGUGUCAGGGCAUUCUAAACUUGGUGAUCUUGAAUCGGCAAGGAGGGUUUUUGAUCAGAUGCCCAUAAAAAAUGUCGUCUCAUGGAAUGCUAUGAUUUCGGGGUAUGUUCAUAACCACAUGUUCAAUGAAGCUCUUUCUGUUUUUCACCAUAUGCUGAUUGACGGGAAAUGCAAUCCUGAUCAGUCGACGCUAAUCAGUAUACUAUCUGCUUCUGCACACCUGGGGUGUCACGAGCAAGGAAAAUGGAUACACUCUUAUAUAAAAAGACUCAAGUUUGACUUGGCAGUUCCCCUAGGGAAUGCUUUAAUAGAUAUGUAUGUGAAAUGUGGAGACAUGGAAAACGCAAUGUCAGUUUUUGUGAAUAUGAGUAGGAGUUGCGUUAUUACUUGGACUACGAUGAUUUAUGGGAUGGCUGUCAAUGGACAUUGCAGAGAAGCCUUAAAUCUGUACGAUAAGAUGUGUUCAGAAGGAUUAAAACCGGAUGGUGUUCUAUUCAUUGCUGUCCUUUCAGCAUGUGUUCAUGGAGGGCUGUUAGAAGAGAGCAAAAGGGUGUUUGAACAGAUGGUUCAUAAGUUUGGAAUCAAACCAAGAAUUGAGCAUUAUGGCUGCAUGGUUGAUCUUCUUGGUCGAGCCGGCUGCUUAGAAGAAGCAAUGAGUUUUGUCGAAACAAUGGAUUUGGAACCUAAUGCCAUAAUCUGGGCUACAUUACUCUCUGCUUGUAAAAUUCAUAGAAACGGGGAACUGUUAGAGUCCUUAUCGAAGAAGAUUAUGGAGAAAGAGCCCGAUAAUCCUAGUUACUUAACAUUGAUUACAAACUUGAGCUCAUCAGUUGGGCGGUGGCAAGACACGUUGAACUUCAGGACGGCAACAAGACAUCAGGGAAAGGAAAAGUUGCCUGGUUGCAGCUCGAUUCAAAUCGGGAAUAGUGUAAACGAGUUCUUAGCAAAGGAUACAAGGCAUACACAAAGAGAGGAGAUCUAUGGAGUCUUGGUUAUUUUAAAUGGGCACUUGAUGUCAUCACAUGACAGUGAAAGAAAGGCAAUAAUGGGCAUGGCUUUUGAUUGAUUCUCUUUCAGAUAUUCCUUUUGCCAAUUAUAACUGAAAGGGUAAGAUUAUUGUUAACAUGUGGGGUUUUGAAAUAUGAUAUCAUAAAAGAAUUUCCCAAUUUCAUAUAUUUCUACCAAUGACUUUUCAAGGUUUCGGCACUGCAGAAGAGGUAAACUCAUCUAUGACAUAGAGAACUUGAUUUUAUUUUUGAUAUUUCAAUAUCCAUUCAGUGCACAUUCUCUCAGCAGUUUCUUUGCUCUGCCUAAAGUUAUGUUUUUUCUUAGAAUCUUACAAUGUCAAGACAACAUAAUGCAGUUGAACUAUGAAGAAUCAUAGGAACAAUAUCCUCAGGCUCUUGUCCAGGGCUGAUCCAAGAAUACUGAUGGAUAAUCCGAGUAGGUUACCCACUUGGACAGGCCGAGUAGGUUGUCCGGUCAGACCACUGGUCAGGCGGCCGGGGCAACGGGUGGUUGGCAGCCAAGAGAACGGAAGAACCAUGGGACCCGGGCACAGGAGGUUCGAAUAUUUCAAAAUGUUCAUUGGAAAAGUAAUUUUGUAGCUAAUCAGUUAUUAUUAGCUAACAACUAAUUUACUAACAUUUUUCUACAAUCAAUUAAUGUUAUUAAUUA